AUCCCCAUCUAAAAAUAUUUAUAAUACAUACAUAAGUUUUAAGUUUUAAUAGAUUUUAACAUUGUAAUACACCUACUUAUGUUUAAUUUAUACUAUACUGUAUUUGAUAAUGUGACUCACAGUAUAUACACCCGAAAUCAUACAAAGCAUUUACAGAAGUAUAGACUUCAUGGUAUAGAGAAUCCACUGGUAAAGUAGGUACCUACCUAUGUAUGUAUUAGGAGUAAACUGCAGGUUAAGGAAUGUAUUGUACUGUCAUAAAUAAAUAAAUCUUGCAAGUUCUAUAUCUGAGGUGUAUGUAUAAACAAAGGAAGGAAACAUGAAUUUAGAAUUGUUAGAAUCAUUUGGUCAGAAUUAUCCAGAGGAGUUUGAUGGCACGUUAGAUUGCAUAUCGUUGGCUGUAACUUGUACAUUUAACAAAAGAGGAACUCUUUUAGCUGUUGGAUGUAAUGAUGGUAGAAUUGUUAUUUGGGAUUUUUUAACACGAGGUGUUGCUAAAAUCAUUAGUGCACACGUUCAUCCAGUAUGUUCAUUAAGCUGGUCCAGGAAUGGUCACAAAUUAUUAAGUGCUUCUACAGACAAUAAUGUUUGCAUAUGGGAUGUUUUAUCGGGAGAAUGUGAUCAAAAAUACAGAUUCCCUUCGCCUAUAUUAAAAGUACAGUUUCAUCCAAGAAAUCUUAACAAGUUUUUAGUAUGUCCAAUGAGACAUGCAGCCGUAAUGGUUGAAGUUGAGGGUACACACAGAGUUAUACCUCUUGACGAUGAUAGUGAUUUAAACAUAGUAGCAUCUUUUGAUCGGCGUGGAGAUUUUGUGUAUACUGGAAAUGCUCGUGGACGGAUUUUGGUUCUUGAUGCAGAAUCUUUAACUGUAAAAGCUUCUUAUAAAAUAUCACAAGGCACUGCUAGUAAUACAGCUGUAAAAAGUAUCGAAUUUGCAAGGCGAGGUUCUUGCUUUUUAGUAAAUACGGCAGAUAGAGUAAUUCGUGUAUAUGAUAGCACAGAAGUACUAGCAUGUGGAAAAGACGGUGAACCUGAACCAAUACAAAAAUUACAAGAUCUUGUAAACAAAACUAUGUGGAAAAAAUGUUGCUUUUCUGGAGAUGGAGAGUAUGUGUGUGCCGGUUCUGCGAGGCAACAUGCUUUAUAUGUCUGGGAAAAAAGUAUUGGAAAUUUAGUAAAAAUUUUACAUGGAACUAAGGGAGAAUUGUUACUUGAUGUAGUGUGGCAUCCUGUGAGACCAAUAAUUGCUUCUAUAUCAUCUGGUGUAGUUUCUAUUUGGGCACAAAAUCAAGUUGAGAAUUGGUCUGCCUUUGCACCAGAUUUUAAGGAAUUGGAUGAAAAUGUUGAGUAUGAAGAGAGAGAGAGUGAGUUUGAUUUGAGCGAUGAAGAUAAAUCUGUGGUUCAAGGUGAAGAAGCACAGGAUGAAGAGAUUGAAGUGGAUGUUGCAUCUAUUGAUAGAGUUGCUGCUUUUUGUAGUUCUGAUGAAGAAAUGGAAGAUAUUGGUUCGCUACAGUUUUUACCAAUAUCACCAGAUGUAGAAGAUUCGGAAGACAAUCAAACAACACCACACGAACCACCUAUGAAAAAACAUCGUUCUCACGAUAUCCAUUUGCAAGGAGCACCAGUAGAUGAAACUCAUCCAUUAUUAAAUAAAGGGAAAGAUAAGCCAACAACCAAAAAGGGAAGACCUCGGUUGGAACACAGAAAGGGAAAAUAAUUUAAGAUAUAUUGUAUUAUAUUUUUCUAGAAUUAGCAAAUAUUUUAUAAUGUACAGAUUAUUUAAAAGUACUUUAAAUAUUUUAUCAAUUUUGAUAAUAUUUCAUGUUUAUAACAUACAUUAUGAAAUGUGUUGGUGCUUCCUAUGGAAUGUGUCACAUAGUACUAUAGUAUCUUUCCUAAAACUUUUAAUGCUGAAAAUUGUGUAUGUUAAUAUUAUAGUAAACUUUUCAAUACCAUAUUCAUCAAUAAGAAGACUCAUUUAAUUUAAAUUUGAAUAUCUUUUGUUCAAAUAGUUAUAUUUCACGCAAAUUUUGUUCAAUUGAUAAGUAGAUCAGUGAAUAAAAAUAUAUUGAAAUACAUUUUUAUUUAGCUUGUACUGGAA